AUGACUGUGUAUUGCGGCCUGUUGUCCAGUACGCUGACUGUGUACUGCACCGCGGGGUCCAAACCCGGGGUGUCCGGGGUGACGCACGGCGGAAGAUGCGAGCAUCUCCGACAGGCCUUUUUGCAGAAUCGGCUGCCGGAGCUUGCAGCGCAUGUCGAUGCGCAUGUGGCGCACCUGACGGACGUGUUGAAGAAGGAGGUCGACGAAGAUGUUGCGGAACAAUUCCUCAGGACUGCUUCCAAUCGUCGAGUCUUUGAUGCGCAAGUAAACUUCAUGCGAUGGAAGAAUGCACGGCACCAGGCGUUGCAGAAGCGGCUCGAUAGCAACAUGCACAAGUGGAUCCUCGAGGGCAUCGAAUGCUGGGAUCAGAAGCGAGCGAUGGAGGGCAAGCAAAAAGACAGCAGCGAUGCCGAUCUGGUCUACGAGCAUUUAACGAAGCGAGCUGUUCAUGAUGGCGGAAAGCUGCCUUCUCAAAUCCCGGUCAUCCGGAAGAUGAGGUAUUCGUACAGUUUGCCUCAUGCUCAGAGUAUUUACAGACGAAAUUGCAUUCCGGAGGUUUUAUAA